GUCGGAAGUGGCAUAUUUGAAUACCCAUUCUUCGUUUUGCGCUGAGCUCAAUAACUUACAACAUAGCUUCUUUGGGGAAUUUAAUGACAGCAUAAACACGAUGGAGGAAGAGGAGCACACCGACAGGAAUCAGCAGCUGGCUAAGCUUUACCAAAAGAUUAAUAUAAUUAAAAAAAAGUAUCUCAACGAAGAUGACACAGAUAACAUAAACCAGGUCAUCAGCUCAAACUCGCCUGAGUCUUGCCACUCCUAUCUGAUGGAGCUGGAGAAGAAAGGGGAUCCCCAUCUGGAUUAUCACUUCCUCAACAGGCUUAUAGACUUUUAUACCAAAGUGUUCUCCAACAUGCCGCUUGGUAAACAUUGUCAGAAUGAGUAUUAUGCCAGGAUGUUGGUCAGAUUUGCAGAGCUAAAAGCAAUUCAAGACGUCAAUGAGGCGGAGGCCAACUUCAAAGUGGCAAGAUCUCUCUGUCCAAAGUUUGCUUUUGUCCACAUUGCACAUGCACAGUUUGAGCAUGCUCAAGGCAACACAAAAAGAGGCGUCCACAUUUUGCAGAGUGCGAUUGAGGAGGGCACCAAGCCCAAAGAGCCCCUGGAGGCUGCGCUGCAGAGCAUGCAGGCAGGAACACGACGGUUCUGUUCGGAGGAGAAGGAGAAUGUACCAGUCAGCAGCUUUGUUCAGGGUUCGGUUAAAAAAGCCUCAGAAUUUCAGAAAUCUGGCAGAACCUCGGAGGGGACAGAUGACUUGCAGCUUUCCAGUAUUUUCAGCACUGGGAUGGAGGCACUGCCUGGAUAUUCAGAUGAAGACUGGAGAACUGGAUCUCAGAGCAAAAGAGCGUUUGGCUUGCCAGGGAGAGUACCAGUUCUACCAUUCUCCAUUCCAGAAAACGAUGACGACCAUGAGAAUAUCAGUGGAAAAGUGUCCAAAAGAACUGAUGUGACCAUUCCCAAAAGUUUGAACAGGCAAACCUCUGGGUCACACGGCAGUGUGAUGGUACCACUCUCUUCUUUGAGAAUAAAUGCAGAAAACAGGGAUUUUGUCAAUCAUCAGCCACCAACUUUCAGUCCCGAUGAGCAUGGUGAAGACCAGGGGGACUCAACCACAACACUGCUGCAAACACGUGGCACAAAAGGCUGCAGACUGGAAGACGUAACUUUCGUCUUUGAUCAGAUCAUCAGUUCCAAUUCCCCUGAGUCGUGUUGGGCCUACCUGAUGAAACUGGAGAAAAGAGGCAACCCUCACACAGACACCGGCCUCCUCAAUAAGCUCAAGGACUGUUAUUCCAAAGUCUUCGCCAGGCUGCCCAUCAGGCAGUACAGAAGAAACGCCAGCUACGCCCGAAUGCUUGUUCGAUAUGCAGAACUGAAGGGCAUUGAAGAUCCAGAUGAAGCACGUGAUCACUUCAUACUCGCGAGGUCCAACUGCAAUGGUUUCGCUUUCGUCCACGUUGCACAUGCCCAGUUUGAGCUCUCUGAAGAUAAUGCAGCGAAAGCAGCUUCGAUUCUGCACAAAGCUCUGACACAAAAUGCCAAACCAGUGGAGCUGCUGGACACAGCCAUACGCAACCUUAAAGCUGGGGAAAUGUUACUGGUGCCCCCAAAGGAGGAGGACCCCUGCACAGAGUCACUGAUGGGCGAUCCAUCAGGUGUUUCAGAAAGUGUGCCCUCGUGUGGGGGACACCAGGAAGUACAGCUUCCAUCCCGGGUCCCUGUGACCCACUCGGUGGAACCAGUCAAACCUCCCCACAAGGAGCUGGUAUCAGAGCGGAAGGUUCCAGGUUUCAUCACUCGGCACGUUUUCCCAGAGGUUGAAAGGACAACACCUCCUGAUCCCAAGCCCGUUCCUUAUCUGGUGACCCCCUCUGUCCAACUUCCGUCCAGACUGAACCCACCAUCUGUCUGCCAGACUCCUAGUGGCCGCACAAACCCAAGUGCAAACAGUUUUAUAACUCCUGUUGUAAACCGAGGUUUGGAGGUGCCAUCUUCUGUCGUAGCGUCUCACAGAACUGGACCCAUUCAGCAGCCAUGCACACCUCUAACCCAAGCAACUGGUUUCCAGACUUCACAGGGCUCCUUCAGUGUUUUGUCCAAUGAAUCGAUUACAAUAAACGGGAAGCAGUUUUUCAUUCUCAAGAUGAUCGGACGUGGUGGAUCGAGCAAGGUCUACCAGGUUUUUGAUCAGAAGAAGCAGCAGUUUGCUGUGAAAUACGUGGACCUGGAGGAGGCAGAUGCUCAGACGAUAGAAAGUUACAAAAAUGAAAUCGAACAUCUGAACCACCUUCAGCAGUACAGCGAUCAGAUUAUAAAGCUCUACGAUUAUGAAAUAACAAACAGCUACAUAUACAUGUUGAUGGAAUGUGGAAACCUGGAUUUGAACACUUGGCUGCGAAAACGCAAAACUGUGAACCCGCUUGAGAGAAAGUACUACUGGAAGAACAUGCUGGAGGCCGUCCACACCAUCCACAGACACGGAAUCAUCCACAGUGACCUGAAGCCAGCUAAUUUUGUCUUUGUGAACGCGUCACUGAAGCUAAUCGACUUUGGCAUCGCAAACAGAAUCCAACCUGAUGUGACGAGCAUUAUGAAGGAUUCCCAGGUAGGAACCCUGAACUAUAUGCCUCCUGAAGCCAUCAAAGACACGUCAUCACAACCAGGAAAAGCUCGCUUCAAGAUCAGCCCCAAAGGUGACGUGUGGUCCCUUGGAUGCAUCCUGUACUGCAUGACUUACGGCAAGACUCCGUUCCAAAGCAUCACAAAUCAGAUCUCCAAGCUGCACGCCAUCAUCAAUCCUUCUCAUACGAUCGACUUCCCUGAUAUCCCUGAGAAGGAUUUACUUGAUGUGCUGAAGAGGUGCUUGGUUCGAAACCCCAGAGAAAGAAUUUCGAUUGCAGAGCUGCUGGAACACUCGUACCUCAAGCUGAAGCCACAGCCAUCACCUGAGCCACUACCACCUUCUAACAGCGAUCUGAAGAGGAUCCUAACAGAUCUGGCAGCCCUCCAGUCUCCAAACAGCAUCGUCCGAGCUGCAAACAAUUUGGCAAAAAUGUGCAGCAGUGGCCGGAGGCUGGAUGUGGCAGAGUGUGCAAAGUCAUCGCCGUAA